CAUCUGUCUCACUCUCCAACCUUCGUCUUUCUAUAUGUUAUCUGACGCCCCCUCCCGGAAGGUUUCCACGGAUCCUUGAUUACUUCUCUUAGUAGAUAUAUUUUGUGACACUGAGACAUGGAUGAAGAGUAAUGUGGGGCUUAACCUUUUGAAACUCCAGGGAGGUUUUAUCCGCAAAUGACGAGAACAUCUGAAAAGUAGAAGAAUAGGAAGUGUAUGGGAUUCUUUUUUGAAUGGCUCAUUUCUUUCCCCUCUCGACUCACUUUGAGGAUGUGUAGGUUUGCUUCUUGACUGUUGACAAAUUGUUAUUCCGGAAGUAAUUGAGGAGGUCAUAGUCACAGUUGGAACAUCUUAAACUGUAGCACAUUUCCUAUCAUUCUAGUCAAAAUUUUUGUGCAACACCUUGCCCUUUUGCAUUUAUCUUCUUUCUCGUCCUUUGUGAUCCAUGGGAACCCCAGAGACCUCUCGUGAACCUUGUCCCGACCGUAUCCUCGAUGACAUCGGUGGUGCAUUUGGCAUGGGUGCUGUUGGAGGCUCAGCUUUCCACUUCCUGAAAGGCAUCUAUAACUCCCCUAAAGGUGAGCGCUUGAUCGGAGGAUCUCAAGCAGUGCGCAUGAACGCACCUCGAGUUGGUGGUAGUUUUGCUGUCUGGGGCGGCCUCUUCUCCACUUUUGAUUGCACAAUGGUCUAUGUCCGCCAAAAAGAGGAUCCAUGGAACUCGAUCAUUGCUGGUGCUGCCACUGGAGGCUUCCUUCAAAUGCGUCAGGGAUUGGGUGCUGCUUCUAGAUCUGCGGCAUUUGGUGGGGUAUUACUUGCCUUGAUUGAGGGAGCUGGAAUCAUGUUGAAUAAAAUUAUGAGUGCACCACAGAAUUUUCCGCAAAUGGAAGAGCCAAUACCCAACGUGGCUGGUGUGCCAGGAUUUCCAAUGGGUCAACUGCCUGGUCAAGCACCGGUUCAUGUUGAGAGUAUGGGAAGUGGAUCAUCAACGUCAUUGUCAUCGUCAUCGUCAUCAUCUUCAUCCUCAUCCUCAUCCUCUUCCUCCUCUUCUUCUUCUUCAUGGUUUGGAGGGCUCUUUGGUGGUGGAAAGAAGCAGGAGACAGGUACAAGCAGUGGAAGCAAGACAGAGGUGUUGGAGAGCUUUGAUGCUCCGACCCCACCAUCAUUUGAGUAUAAAUGAGAUGGGCAGUCCAUGUGGGAGCAUAUGGGUGAUAUGGAAAUAGGCCUUGGUUGCUGAGGUCAAGUUUUCAGGCCACAGAAUUAUUUGAUAUCCUAUCGAGAGAUUGGAAGUCGCCACUGCAUUCUGAAUCACUUCGGGUUAACUUCCUAUCCUUUCCUUCCUGUAAUUGCUACUGGAAUUUUAUGUAUCAAAGGAAUAGAGUGCAGACUGCUGUUGCUGCUGACUUAUAUGCGAUUUGUAACGGCUGUUCUGGGAAGCUAAGCAGGUAUUUUAGACAAUUCAAAUGCUGGCUAAACCGAUUACAUAUAGUUAUUUGUAGACUUCAGGUUUAUGUUGAGAAAUUGAUCGGCUUAGGUUGGUAACUUGGAGGCUUUUAUGGAGUGGGUGUCAAGGUUCAAUGGUCUUAAAAGAAGUUAAAGCUAAUCCAUAGCAGCCAGAUUGCUUUUUAAAAGCUAUGAGAUGCUUUAUUAAAUUGGGCGAAUGACAUGACAAGUCUUUUUCAAACCUUACCAUUUGGGGGAAUGACAUGACAAGUCAUUUUCAAACCUUAUCAUUAAGGAUGUUACGACGAUAUACGAGAGAAAUGGUGGAGAAAAACUGGGAAUUGAAUUCAUUGUAUGAGAUAUAUAUGGGAGGAAUGGAGAAAAAGUGGGAAU